AUGGCAGAUGGCAUUAUCAGUUCACAGCUGUCUCACGAUAAUACAACUGUUGUUAGUUUAACAGUCAAUCAAACAACUGAAAUUCGACCUGUGGACACAGCCGGAAAAGUUGAGCUCAAAAUUGGUGUGUUGUUACCGUUUCAACAAGUUGACGAUGAGUGGACGAAAACCAUAACCAUUAGCGGAAUGUCAGCCAUACGAAUGGCCGCCGCCGAAAUAAAUUCACAACAAUUGAUACCUGGAGCCUACAUUACCUUGGUCGAAAAAGACUCUUACCCCGCAAAUGCCAGCGGCCAAAUCGCCAUUACUGAAGCAGUGUAUUCAGCCGUUACUUUGAUACAGCAAGGCGUCAUCGGUGUUAUAGGCGACAUUUCAUCGUCAUGGACUUCGCUGUCUGGUUUGAUGACUAGUACUCUUCAAAUUCCGCAGUGUUCUUUUUCUGCUGGAGCAACUUCUUUAUCCGACAAGAGUCAAUACAAAUAUUUUUUUCGUACCAUACCGACCGAUCUAGUGUACAUUGACGUUAUAUUAUCAUUCGUCGCAAGCCAGAACUGGUGCAGAGUAGGCAUUUUGUUUUCAGACGAUGCCUUUGGACAACAAUUAUCAGAGCAUGCUAUCAUGAAAUCUCGAACAAGCAAUGUACGAGUUCUUACGUAUCAAGCCUUUCGUUCUGGCGGAGGACAUUCCAACGUCAUGAGUGUUCUACAACAAUUUGCCGAAACCGGUGCACGCAUUGUCAUCGUCGCAGCAGACACACCUGAUCAAGUGUCUUUGUUGACCGUUGCAGCCAACAUGGGAUACGUCAAUGAUGAAUUUGUUUGGAUCACUAUUGGGUCAGUGAAUGACGACCUGUAUUCCGCCACCCAAAGAUUUAAUAAUCUUAUAGCGCUUCGUAAAAACGGCACGAUUUCUCCCGCACCACAAAACGCCAGCGCCAUAUCAUUAGCCGCCCGCCUGACCGACAAUGUAACACCUAUAGACUUUAAUAAGACUUACAAUGGAAUGAUUUCCUUUGAUAUAUGGCUGGAUCUACAAGGUUAUCCACCAUAUGAAAAUUUUCUAGACAAAUGGAGUCGACUGGAUUCGACAGACUACCCACUGGCUGGAGUUCAUAAUACUAUUGGUAAUGAAGGACUGGCAUACUCUUGUUUGAUGAUGAUGGCUAUGGGCUUCAAUAAUACUAUACACAACACCACUACUCCUAUAAGCCAAUCCCUGGUAGAUCUGGCGAGUGGACGACUAGGGCAGUACAUGACCCCAUUAACAUUCAACACCUCCUUCAUCGGUCCGCAAGGUCCGAUGCAAAUUGAUUCCAACGGAGAUGUGACUUCUGGAAACUUUUUGAUAUACAACAUGCAAAAUGGACAAAGUACCAUAGUUGGAUCCAGUUCUAGUAGCGGACUGAAUAUCACAGCACCUAUCCUAUUCCACGAUGGAACACCAAAUCAACCGUUGGAUGCUCCACCGAGAACCUCAAUUGAUCCCAAAAAUAACUCACCGAUAUCUCUUGUGGUCAUGACUGUGUCGGGUUGGGGAAUACUAUUCUCGUUCGCAACCAUGAUACUUGUCACCAUUUUCCGUAAGAGACAGAUCUUCAAGGCAUCGAGUCCAAUGUUCUGCACGUUGGAGCUCCUGGGGUUCAUUCUUUCAUAUACGGCACUUGUCCUCAUGGUUCAGGAACCAUCCGUCACAAGCUGUUAUGUUAUGCCCACUGCAUUUCAUCUGGGCUACUGCCUGAUAAUGGGAAAUAUGGUGACAAAGAACUAUCGCAUCUUUCGGAUUUUCAAUAAUAUCUUUAUCACUCGAACCAUUGUGACAGACCUGCAGCUUUUUAAAGCUUCUGCCGUUAUCAUUGUUGUUCAGGCUGUAUUGUUAGCACUUUGGCUAGGUCUGGCCACGGUCACGCCAAUCAACGUCAACUUAUCACGAUCAACCUACUAUGUCAUAUGCGCCUAUGAACAUCCAUCGAAAACAGCAUUCAUGGCUUUGAUAGCCACAUACUCCAUAGGUCUCCUGGCGUUUGCUAUAUUUUUGGCCAUCAAAACCCGGCGUGUUGGAGCAUCGUAUUCAAAAUAUAGCGAAACAAAACAGAUAGGAAUGUGUGUGUACAAUAUAUUAUUCGCCGGACUCAUCGGAUUCAUUGUUUUCUUCCUUCCUACAGCCGAUUUCAUCACUCGCUACUAUGUUACUGUCAUAACAAUCCUAUGGGGGACCACAGUUUCUUUGUAUAUCUUGUUCUUGCCAAAAGUGUGGGCAUUUUUUAGAGAUCAUGAAGAAUCAAACUCCAGCAAUCAAACAAACAGCAAUACAAGUAGUUCGCGGCGAAAAGAGUUAUAUUCUGAGGACGAAUGGAAGCGUACGCAAGCCAAUUUAUCCGCGUUUCAGUCGGAUCAUUCUUUGCAGCAUCCAGGCGAGGAGGGUGAGCUAUUCAGCUUGGAACAGAUACUGGCAAGCGAACCUGUCCAUCUUGAGCUUCGAAAAAGUAGCAUAGGAAGUACACAUUUCGAUGGUAAUGGAAAUACGAUACAAGGCUUUAUCGAAGUGCACGAAGGAACGCUACCACUGAGACGUGUAAACAAGUACAUACAGUUUCUUGCUCAUUGGGAAAUGCAAGACAUCAUGGUGUUCCCUUCCAGCAGAUACUUUUCACAUUUUUCACAUUUGACAAAUCGAGGUCAAGUUUUUGCAUAUUCUCAAGUUUCCAUCUAUUCGUCUCAGCCGGAAGCUUAUAUUCUAAAAGUCCAUGGUACUGGGUCUACUGACAUACAUAUUCAAGUGAGAGAUUUGAAUUCGCUUGAAGUAUGGCGACGUUACUUCUGGCACGGCGACGGUGAGGAGAACAAAAACUUGACAAAGGGAAUUCAGCGCCAGGAAAGCUUGGAGCUUUUGAAACACCAUAUGGUUCGUAACAACAGUGAUCAGUCAGACUCACAUAUGUCACAACAUCGGCUACUCGAUCGUCAAAACAGUGAGGCAACGCUGUGCAGCGGUAGAACAAUGAUUUCGCUGGAUAUGGAAGUUACGGAAGCUCACACAAGUAGUUAUCUCCAGUUGCCGGGGCGAUAUGAUGAUACCGUCGGUAUCGCACCCUCCACCGCUCGAAGAAGACGUAGCACCAGUUUAGAGAUGAUACAAUUUCACGACUGCACCGAUCUGUCACUUGAGCGCUUUCCUGGUCCUGAGCAACUGCAUCCUAAAGACGUACCCAAGUGA